AUGAUUUCUUUUCUGCUUUCCAUCGUUGCCUUCUUCUCCGUUGCCGCACUCGGCGCCAGUCUGGCCGACAUCGAUCAUGUCGUCCUCUUCAUGCAAGAGAAUCGCGCGUUCGAUCACUACUUUGGUACCCUCUACGGUGUCCGUGGCUUCGCUGAUCCCAACGCCCAGAUCAAUGCCAACGGAAGGAGCGUGUUCUACCAACAAGUCAACGCCUCUCUCAGCAAUGCCACCGAUUACUUGCUCCCCUGGUACAUCAACGCACAGGGUGGCGAGUUCCUCAACGGGACUCAAUGCAUGGACGCCGGUUCCAACGGAUUUGGCUCCAACCAUGCUGCCUUCGGCAACGGUUCCAACGAUCUCUGGGCACUCCAGAACACUCCCCAAUCCCUUGCCUACUUCAAGCGCCAGGAUAUCCCCAUCCAGUUUGCCAUCACUGAUGCAUGGACUGUUGGAGACAUGUACCAGCAAGGCGUCGUUGCAUCUACCAAUCCCAACCGUGUCUUAUGGCAGUCUGGCAGCAUCAACAUCCCUGGUGGCAAUGUCAACUCUACCCAAGGACCUGUACUAGAUAACAAUGUCACGCCCGGGUGUGACACACUGAGCCUGGAGAACUACCUGACGGGAGCGACUGUGAAUACUUACCAGAAUAUCAGUUGCUUCCCGUUCGAUUGGCGGACCGUUAACGAGUAUCUUCAAGACCUCAACGUCUCCUACUGGGUGUACCAGGCCUGUGAUAACUUUGGUGACAACGGCCUGACCAGCUUUGCCCGGUACAUCUGGGACUCCAGCAACACGGUUAAUGACACAGUCAACGAUCUCGUCAUCCGCAGUAUGACCAUGGACUGGACCGGAAGCGGUGCCUGGUCUGGUGGGCUUGACCACUUCAAGGCCGAUGCCGCCGCGGGCACUCUCCCCACGGUAUCGUGGAUUAUUGGGCCUGCCGAGCUCUCUGAGCACCCUCCGUACACUCCCCGCCAGGGUGCUUGGCUACAAAAGGAAGUCAUCAAUGCCGUCCAAAACUCCCCAAAGUACAACAAGACGAUCCUGAUAAUCUCCUUCGAUGAGACCGGAGGCUGGGCAGACCACGUCAUACCUUUCCAUUCGCCUGAAGGUACCCCCGGAGAGUGGAUCAACAAUCCGUUCACCAACACAUCGACGUUCUCUGGUCCCGGCUUCCGGCUGCCGUUCUAUGCUAUCUCUCCCUACAGCCGUGGUGGCAACGUCUUCACUGAGCCUGCGGAUCACACAUCUCAAAUCAUGUUUGUUGAGAAGUUCUUGGCUGCCAAGGGUAUCGACUUCAAGUCAGCUGAGAUCAAUACGUGGAGGAGGGAGCACAUGUCCGACCUGACGGCCAUGUUCGACUUCAGCACGAUCGAUCCAUCGUACUACACUCUCCCCGAGGGAGAAACGCCUUACCAGGAUGCUCUCACUGGCCUGCUUUACGGUGCCGAAUUCUGCGAAUUCAAGUACGCGGGUUCUAUCCAUGCUCAGGUUCCGUACGGCAAGCAGAACGCCACCAUCGAACUCGCUGUUGAGGCUGGCUUUCGCUCUGUUCGCGGUUCCAUCACUGAGGGUCGCUACCUCGUCUUCGAGUCCGCUUCCCUCGCUCUAGCAGACUGCGCUGGAGCUCUAGCUGUCUCGUCCUCUCAGCCUCGGAAGCAGACCGACCCAAGCCAAAGGUGGAUUAUCCACGCCAUUGACUCCACGAUGGCCACUGCGACCGUCUUCAAGAUCUCUACGCCUGCCGGCCAGUACAUUACUUCCGCUCUCGGCUUGACCGAUGUGAGCAGAGCCGGCACAUGGAAUAUCACCCAUGCGGCUGAAAGUGUCGGCACGUAUUGGGUCCAAGAGACGGGCAGUGGUAUGUACCUGACCCUGACAGAUGCUGAGCCAGUGCUCGGUACCGACCCGGCACCCUUUAAGCUUUUCUCGGUGACCUUCUAG